GUUCCAUAGAGGCUGGAUGUAUCUGAGCUAAGCGUAGUACUUAAAAUAUUGCCUUCAGUUCAGGCGCUCUAGUCUUGAGCAGAUGUCGUGGAACAAUCAAGAAAUGGAAGACAACCCGCCGCUAUCCACCAACCCGUAUGGGAACUAUACGGUGGUUGACACUGCAGCCAAGGAGAUCCUCCACAUGGUGCAUGAGCAUUGGUAUCAGUUCCCUCCCAUGAACCCUCUCUGGUACAGUCUGGUUGGAUUCUGGAUUGUGGUUAUGGGAUCCCUCUCCCUGGCUGGAAACUUCGUCGUCAUCUGGGUCUUCAUGAACACCAAAUCCCUUCGAACGCCUGCUAACCUACUGGUCGUCAACCUGGCUAUAUCCGACUUCCUGAUGAUGUUCACGAUGUUUCCACCUACGGUCGUUUCGUGCUAUUGGCAAACCUGGACACUGGGAGCUCUCUUCUGUGAGAUCUACGGAUUUCUGGGCUCUCUGUUCGGAUGCAUUUCCAUCUGGACCAUGGUGUGGAUUACCGCUGAUCGCUAUAACGUCAUUGUGAAGGGAGUGUCUGCUGAACCACUGACGUCAGGUGGAUCAAUGUUAAGGAUUGCGGGUACCUGGAUCGCCUCUAUUGCCUGGUGUCUUCCUCCCUUCUUUGGCUGGAACCGUUACGUUCCUGAGGGCAACUUGACUGCUUGUGGCACUGACUAUCUGACAGAAACUCAACUUUCAAAGAGCUACUUGUACGUUUAUUCCAUAUGGGUGUAUCUCUUACCUCUAGCAUACAUCAUCUAUAGCUAUACUUUCAUUGUCAAGGCCGUGGCUGCCCACGAGAAGGCCAUGCGGGAACAAGCAAAGAAGAUGGGAGUCAAGUCUCUUAGGAAUGAGGAAAAUCAGAAGACCUCAGCUGAAUGCCGCCUGGCCAAAGUUGCUCUCAUGACCGUCUCCUUGUGGUUCAUGGCCUGGACUCCCUACUUCAUCAUCAAUUGGGGAGGAAUGUUCAACAAACCCAUUGUCACUCCUCUUUUCUCCAUCUGGGGGUACCGCGCUGCACUUGAGAAGAAGUUGCCAUGCCUUGCUUGCACCGGCGAAGGAGACAAUGUUUCUGAUGUUGGUUCUGUUUCCACGGUCGAAACCUCCGAGAAAGCAGAAUCUGCUUGAGAUAGAGGGACACGUGAUGUUCAUGGUUUAGAAUUUUGGAAAAAUGCAUGUCAGGUAACUCUUUAUCCUCUUACCCUUGUAUUCGAUGAACCAGCUUGAAAAUACAUCCCAGCAAAG